AUGGACAUAUGGACAAGCCCACAGGCAUCGGCCCAAAGCCAUCGCACCAUCACGGAGCCAUUCUCGACCAGCGUCGGAUCAGUGGUCCGCGCCGCGCUGGGUUUUCUAGGGCGAUUCAGCCCCGCAGUUGAGACAACGGAGAGCGAAAUCGAGCUACUCCAACAGCGGCUUCAGGGCUGUGGCUUUUCAAUGGGGCAGGUACAGUUGGAGCAGCUGCAAUACGAUGGCAUUCGGUGGAUCAUGGAACGCGAGCAGUCGGCUGGAUGGAAGGGCGGAAUUCUCGCAGACGAGAUGGGAUUGGGCAAGACGGUGCAAAUGCUGUGUGCAAUUGCAACGAACAAAGUCCCGACGCUUGUCGUCUGUCCCCUGUCCGCCUUUGAGUCGUGGAAGGAGGAUGUGCGCAAUUUUUUUGCGCCCGGGACCUUUGCGCUCACCGACUUCCACCACUUGAAGAAGUUGCCACAUCCUUUGCCUUCAAACUCCUUGAUCUUGGUGAACCCUGAACUGCUGGGACGCGAUGUUUGGGCCAAGCCGCCUGAAGCAAAGGCUGCACGAGAGGUGAACUUGAAGUCGAAGCUGCUGAAUGCGCCUUUUCAGCGAAUCAUCUGUGACGAGGCACAGUUCCUGAAGAAUCUGAUGUCACCAAAGGGUCAGAACAUCAAUGCCAAAGCUUGCGAUUGCAUUGCAGCCAAAGCCAGCAUUCGCUGGUGCAUGACUGGGACACCCAUCGAGAACGGCAUCAAGGACUAUCUGUCCCUGCUAACGUUUCUGAAAGCCGAGCCCUUCUGCCGUCCGGACUGGUUCCAUCAUCACGUAGAAAGACAUGUGGGAACUGAGUUCGUUCAAGAUCCGCGCUUUGCGCAGUGCUUCCGCGAGACCGUCCUGCGACGCAGCAAGGCAUCACUGCAGAACCUGCCAGAGACCCACUUCCACUUGCUUGAAAGCUCAAUGGACCCAACGGAGAAGGAGCAGGAAGCGGCAUUGCUGGAUGAGGAGGAGUCGGGGUUGGUUCGUCAGUUGCGCUCGGGCCAAGCUGCCGGCUCGCUGGCGAUGCCUCGUUCCAGUGUGCAGGACCUCCAGGAGAUCCAGGCGCUCUCGCUCGACGAGCUUAAAGACCGGGCCCGGAAACCUUGCGAGCUUGGUGGUUUGGGCCAGGAGCUGCGGCCACCGUCGCAGGAGGAAGAGGCUCAGCGGCAAUGGUGCUUGAGCAAGUUCUGCUUCGAGAGAGCUUGGAUCGAAGCCGACAAGGAGAAGCUCUUGAAGUCGAGCAAAUGGACAUCACUCGAAAGCACUUUGCGCAAGAUCUGGAAUGCGCGGGUCAGGGAUGCAGAGCUGGAAUGUGCAUGGAGACGCGACGAGAAGCAGUUUUCCGAUCCUUGGCGCUCAGAUGCAGUGUACUGGACAAAGCUGGACACCCACGAGAACACGAAAGUGGUGCUUAUCUCGCGGUUUUCCACUCGCAGCUUCGAAUUGGCGGCGAAGUUGAUGAGCAAGCUGAACAUUAGGUAUUGCAAGAUCGACCAGUCUGUUGCGCCGGAAGAUCGUGGCAAAAUUAUCGACAGCUUCAACAAUGACCCAGCUGUGAAGGUCAUGCUUCUGGGCAUGAAGUGCGGAGGGUCAGGUAUCAACCUUCCGGGCGCACAGGUGGCGAUUCUGAUGGAUUCGUGGUGGACUCCCGCGGCGGAGCAGCAGGCCAUCAACCGCAUUCAUCGCUUGAACUCGGCGCACAAGCAUGUCUACUUCGUCAAGCUCUUCUCUCGCAAUAACGACACCGAACAAAGGCUCUUCGCAUGCCAGCGGUGUAAGGCAGUCCUAGAUCCACCAGCAGAAGCUACGCGUUUGUCAGCAGACUCUGGGGCCCGUCACCGUCUCUUGAGCGCAGUGACGACAGAUCUGGAGAACUUUUCCUGCCUGAGCGAUAGCCUCAGCCUGGCAUCCGUUACUUUUGCAGCUGCAGAUCUCUUAGUCGGACAAGCUUAUGAUGCUAAUGAGCAGCGAUUCGUGUGGCGAUCCGGAAGAGAUGCGCGAAUGGGGGAUGAGGUCCCUUUGCAGAAGCUGGACACCGCCCAGCUCCAGGCACGCGGCGACCUCUCGCAUUUCGGGCUCAAACGUGGCUGCGUAGGUUGGCAUCACAACACCUUGUUGGAUGGCGAGCUCGUUCUUGAUGUUGUAGAGGAGGGAAAGACCGCCCUCCGAUACCUGGUGUAUGAUGCGAUGCACAUCUGUGGCGAGGACUUGACGCACCGGACGCUGAUAUAUCGACUGCAGAAGGCUCUUUACGAGGUGAUUCUUCCGAAGGAGCAACUGUCAGCUCUCCGUGGGUCCGCAGACAACGUGCAGCUGAUGUUGAAGGACUUCUUUGAGCUGUGGCAGCUCGGCGAAGUCACGGCCAUCGCCUCGGAGCUUCCACACGGAACCGAUGGCCUUGUCUUCACGCCCGUCAUGGUCCCUUACGUGCCGGGGACGGUCCCAGCCUUGCUCAAAUGGAAGCCCGCCGAGAUGAACACCGUCGAUUUCAAGCUGCAGGUCAUCCAGGAAGGAGACUCGACACGAAAUAUGCACGUGAAGUUGCUCGUCGGCUUCAAGCAAAGGGACGCUUGGCAGGUGAAGCACACUGGUCACUGGCUGGCGAAGAUGGGGGACAUGUUCAAAAAGCUGAGGGAGGAUCCUGCUGCCUUCGAUGGCAAGAUCGCAGAGUGCAAGUGGAAUGCAUCGGCUAAGACCUUCACACCUUCAGACCAGUUGAAGUUCACAGUAAACGGCACCUGGGAAGACGGUGGUUGGGUGCUGCAACGUCUGAGAGAGCUUCUUGGAUCAAUUCUCGGUGCUAGCGGUGGCAGAAUGUUCGGGCGCUUUUCAUGCUGGUCGCCGCCUCCUGUACGACCACAGUAUGACCCACUCGAGGAACUGCAGCAGGACAUAAACCUUCAUGACUUGCCAGCACUCCGACAAAGAGGACCAAACUACUACUGGGGCCCCUGGCUAUGCUUAGUAGUGGUCUUUGCCUUCAUCUUUGAGUCUGUGGGACUUCCCACGAUGGCGAGCCAGAACUAUGACAGCCCUUUCUUGGACAUGGUGGUGCUUCCAGUUGUGUGGAUUGCUGCCUUCGCAGCGGUUUUCACGCUGGUCUCCAUCGUAUUCGGCGACACAGGAGAGAUUCGCCGAAGUGAAGCUUCCUGCUAUCCAAUUCCUGACCGUGCCAGAGCACUGAUUUUGUUGGGCAGCAGCAAAUCUGAAGACACCCCCAACAUUGCUGGCCUGGAUGGCCAGUCGUACUGCACACGCUGCUGCGUCUGGCGCCCAGAGGGCUCCCACCAUUGCAGCACCUGCCAGCGCUGCGUAACAGGCUUCGAUCAUCAUUGCAGCUUCUUCGGCCGCUGCAUCACAAGACGCAACAUGUGCAGCUUUCGAACGAUCAUCGGCCUAUUUUUCGUCGGUGCUGCUGCGCAGAUGAUCACCGUGGCGAUAACUAACUCAGCUCCGGCGCGAUCCCCAUCAACAUCACCGCAUGCCACUGCAAGCACCGCGAUGGAGCCUGUCGCGGGCAUCGGCUCCAUGAUCUUCCAUGCAGCGCCGUUGGUAAAACCAACGGGGAGCCGGGGGAAGGUGUGCGCAAAGUUCGCACAGGACAAGAGCUUGCCCAACGAUUUACGGACGGCGAAGCGGGUGGUGGAGUCCAUCCAGGACGACUUGAAUGAGGAGGCUCAGGCGACUUGCUCAGCCGACUUUAGCUAG